ACCGAAAAUAGUCACCGACUCCAAAGUUUGGACGUUCUUUUUCGUUUGCAUCUUUCAAUUUAUUAAAUUUACUAGUUUAUUUUUGAAAUGGAGGAAGCUGCAAUUCGUUCGCGUUUAAAUGUUGAAGAAAGGCCUUUACGGCGCCUGAUCAACCGCUGCUUGGGUUUCACAAACGAGAUGUCUGAUGAAGCAAGUCUAAAAAAUUUGGACGUAGAGUUUGCUGCCAUGUCUGCCUUUUGGCUUCGUCUACAAAUGCAAUUGGACACUCACAACAAAGAAGUCAAUCUCUAUCAGGAUGAAUUGAAACAAACCCAGCAACAUUAUGAGCAAGAGAAUGAAGGAAUUUCACACUUGGAGCAAGAUUUACUUCUUGCGCAGCAGGAACAGAAAAAACAAGAAGAAUAUGAUGAUCUUGCAAAGCCUAUUAUGGCAAGAGGAUUACGUUCGAGGAAUGAACAAUUAGAAUCCAUUGCAAAAUUAGAAAGUGCUAUUCAGGAAUUAGAGAAGGAAAAUAAAGAUUACGAGCUGCAAUGGAAUCACAGAAGAGAGAAUUUUGAAAAGAUCGUUCAAGAUAUCCAACAAUUUCGAGCUGUUCUUCACCCAUCCAAUAAUGCUGAUUCCGAUUCUGAAGAAGGCAUUGCCAGUGAAGGGGACACUCCAUCUUCGUCCAUCUCUGGCUCUAAGUAGAUACGGCGGCUUCUAUUUGUACGUUUAUUUGUUUGUUUGAUCAAAUGACAAAAUCGGUUUGUCCUUGAAGCUCGAAGAUGACAUUUGCCAUGAAUGAGAUGAAUUUUGCAUUUGAACAGACGUGUAUUAUUUUUAUCUUUUUUCUUUUUUUCGUUCCUCUCAGAAAGUUCCACUUUAAAGCGUUAUGGAAUAUUCUCGUUGUUCAAUUAUCCAAAGGAACGAAUCCAUCAUUUAUUGUUCAUGCUUAUUUUUAUAGACAUAAUGAAUUUGGUUUUACUAGAAAGUACA